AUGACCUCGGAAGAAGAAACUAAAAUCCCAAUCACUACAUUAUCCAGACUUUUUCAAACUGCAGUUUUUGAACAUGAUGAUACUAGAAUCACUCAACAAACUUUAGAAUUAUCUUCAGAAUAUUUGAAAAUGUUUAUUAGAGAGGCCAUUUUAAGAGCUAAUGAAGUUCGUGAAAAUCCUAAAGAUAUUAAAGGGAAAGAAACUGAUGGUGCUGCUUUACAAAACCAAUUGAUAAGUGAUGUUUUGGAUACUCAACACCUCGAAGAAAUCGCUGGGUUAUUAGUUUUAGAUUUUUAA